AUGCCUCUCGAUCUAUCUGUGUAUUUAGUCACAGACUCGACCCCGGCUAUUCUCAAGGGUCAAGAUCUGUGUACCGUCGUGGAAGAAGCUCUCAAGGGAGGUGUCACUCUUGUCCAGUAUAGAGACAAGAAGAGCGACACAGGUGACCUGAUUAAGACGGCCAAGGCGCUUCACAAAAUCACCCAGGCCUAUGGAGUCCCGCUGUUGAUCAAUGACCGCGUCGAUGUCGCUCUCGCUGUAGGAGCAGAGGGUGUCCACCUGGGACAAGAUGAUAUGUAUAUUGCAGAGGCAAAGCAGCUCCUGCCCAAAGACGCUAUCAUUGGGAUCACCGCCUCGUCCAUAGAAGAAGCGCAAAAAGCCAUCGAGGCUGGGGCUGAUUAUCUGGGUAUCGGUACCAUGUUCGCAACAUCGACGAAAACAAACACGAAAAACAUCCUUGGAACAGCAGGCACUCAAACUAUUCUGGAGGCGAUCUCUGAUUCUGGGCGUAAUGUGGGUACCGUCGCCAUCGGCGGCAUUAGCUUGUCAAAUGUCCAGCGUGUGCUCUACCAGGCCAAAGCACCCAGGAAGGGGCUGGAUGGUGUUGCCAUCGUCAGUGCUAUCGUGGGAGCGGAUGAUCCGCGAGCCGCGGCCGAGGAAUUUGUGAAGCGUGUUAACACUCCGCCGACCUUUGCAUGGGAACCCAAGGCGCCUCGUGCCAACGAGACCUCCGCGUUACUUGAGGAGGUACCCCAGAUCGUUCAGAAGAUGGUGAAGGCGCAUCCCCUGGUCCACAACAUGAUCAACUACGUCGUGGCUAACUUUGUCGCCAACAUUGCUCUUUCAAUGGGCGCAUCUCCAAUUAUGUCGCCAUACGGAGAAGAGGCCGCCGAUCUGGCCAAAUUCGACGGAGCUCUCGUCAUCAACAUGGGCACCUUGAACAGCGAAAGCGUGCCCAACUACCUGAAAGCAAUCAAGUCAUACAAUGAGCGCGGCAAUCCCGUCAUCUACGAUCCCGUCGGUGCUGCGGCCACCCACAUUCGACGGGGGGCAGUCAAUGAGCUCAUGCGUGGAGGGUACUUUGAUCUCAUCAAGGGCAAUGAGGGUGAGAUCAAACAAGUGUCGGGGACCAGCAACACCGUUCAGCGCGGCGUCGACAGCGGUCCAAGCAGCCUUGACGGCCGCGAGAAGGCAACACUGGCCCGCGAUCUGGCCCGCAGAGAACGAAAUGUCGUGCUUCUUACCGGCGCGGUUGAUUAUCUGAGCGACGGCGAGCGCGUGAUUGCCGUCGAGAAUGGACACGAAUAUCUCGGACAAGUCACCGGCACUGGGUGUGCCGUGGGCAUGGUUUCUGGCUGCUUCCUGGCCACACACCGAUCCGACAAACUCCUCGCAGUCCUUGCGGGCAUCCUGAUGUACGAAAUCGCGGCGGAGAAUGCCGCGUCCAAGGACUAUGUCCGGGGCCCGGGAAGCUUCGUCCCCGCCUUCCUGGACGAGUUGUAUGCCAUCCGUCAGGCUGCUCUGAAGGGUGACGACAGCUGGUUUGUCGGGCGGGCGAAAAUCCAGGAAAUCAGGCUAUAG